AUGAGUGUUGCCGGCAACCAGUACGUCACUUGGUACGACCCAACCACCAAGGAGGAGCUCAAGGCUCGACGAGCCACCACCUUUCAAAGAGGCAAAGGCAAGGGCAAAGGCAAGGCGAGCGACGCUGACGACGGCAUGCAAGGCAUGACCGACCCGGACACGGUCAACUUCAAGACCACCGUCUUCAACAAGGUGGCCAAGUCCUUCUCGGCGCUCUUCAGCGACCACGCGGACCGGUACGAGCGCCGCAAGGAGGCCCCCGUCGGCUGGACCACGGCCGGCGAGCUCGGCUGGCUCCGGGAGGAGCAGGAUUCGCAGUACAUGCUCAUGGAGGAGCUGGAGCUCAAGAUUGAGGAGUUGAAGAAGGAGCUCACGCAGCAGCAGGAGCUCGUCAAGGCGUACGAGGUCAAGGUGGCGCAGCACGAGGAGUACCUGCAGUACUGCAUGCACUGGAUCACCAUGGCGCAGGUCUUUGGGGAUGUUCCCGUUGCCAAGGAGCGCAUGAAGUGGAAGUCUGGUCUUGCUGCGUUCGAGGAGGACAAGGGCGAGGAUAAGGACGAGGAUGAGGCUAUGGGUGAGGAUGCUAAGGGAACCGUGGCCUCGGGCAGUCGUCAGGCAGACUUCCAGUAG